AUGGGUAGCUUUAUAUCGCGCGAAGCUAGGUCGAUAGACGUACGAAGACGAACAAGCCAGCAAAGUGAAACUUUCCACCCUGAAAGAAUAUCCACAGAUAGAAAAUGCGCUAUGUGUAGAGGACGUCGGUCUCAGAAGCAACACAAAGAGUCUAGUAGCAUCCUAGAUCAAUUUAUCUGUUCGAGACAGCAAUGUAUGGAGUUUAAAGAUCUCCUGGCUGCCUCACUUCAUAGCAGACCAGUUAUUAUCGAGAACCACCACCAUUAUCACAAGACAGAACCAGAGUUAGCUACGCCAAUUAGUCUUGCUGAGUUACCGGGUGAGAGCUUGACAGUUCAUACAGAGCUGCCUACCUACAAUGCGCACGUUGAAUAUCUGGCUGAGGUAGAGGACACACCUCCUGCUGUGGAUACCUCUACUAAACCAUUGAUGGAAUAUAUGAAGGGUUAUGUACAUCUAUAA